ACUGGUAAGCACUAUAUUUCACUCGUGUUUAUGGCUACAGUGUGAGAGUCAUCUGACUGUAGGAAGCUGAAGGUGUUCUAUAUAAGCCAAAGGAAAGCAUGACACCCAGCCAUCUCCCACUGAAGGUUUCAAGACGUCAAGACACACAAACAGUAUGAAGCUGUUGAUCAUCGCAGCUGCCUCUCUGGCAGUGGUGAGCUGUGCCAGCCUCUCUCUGGAGGACCUGGAGUUCCACGCAUGGAAACUCAAGUUUGGCCGCUCCUAUGGCUCACCUGCUGAGGAAGCCCAGCGCAGAUCCACCUGGAUGGAGAACCGUAAACUGGUGCUGGUCCACAAUAUCCUGGCUGACCAGGGCAUCAAGAGCUACCGCAUGGGCAUGAACCACUUCGCUGACAUGAGCAACCAGGAGUACCGAGACCUUGUGAUCGGCAAGUGCCUGAAGCGCACCAACAGCACCAAGUCCGGCAGCACCUUCCUGGGUCUCAGCCUGAGAGAAAGAGACAUGCCCAAGGAGGUGGACUGGAGGGACAAGGGCUUUGUGACCGAUGUCAAGGACCAGAAGGAUUGUGGCUCAUGCUGGGCCUUCAGCGCGACUGGCUCUCUGGAGGGCCAGACUUUUAAGAAGACAGGAAAGCUGGUGUCUUUGAGCGAGCAGCAGCUGGUCGACUGCUCCGGGGACUAUGGCAACAUGGGCUGUGGCGGCGGUCUCAUGGACCAGGCCUUCCAGUACAUCCAAGCCAAUGGUGGCAUCGACACCGAGGACUCCUACCCCUAUGAGGCUGAGGAUGGGAAGUGCCGCUUCAAGCCAGACAGCGUGGGCGCCACAUGUUCGGGCUACGUGGACAUCACCAGUGGUGACGAGAACGCUCUGCAGGAGGCCGUGGCAACCAUGGGUCCCGUGUCAGUGGCCAUUGAUGCCGGACAUUCCUCCUUCCAGAUGUAUGAGUCAGGAGUCUAUGACGAGGCCGAGUGCAGCAGUGAGGAUCUGGACCAUGGAGUGCUGGCUGUAGGCUACGGAUCGGAGAAUGGGAAGGACUACUGGAUCGUCAAGAACAGCUGGGGUCUGUCCUGGGGUGAUAAGGGCUACAUCAAGAUGACCAGGAACAAGCACAACCAGUGCGGCAUCGCCACCGCCUCCAGCUACCCCCUGGUUUGAGGCUGGGGGUCAGAGGUCAGGCCCUGCGGACGCCUGGACCUGCAGAGCUCCGGGGUCCAAUCGUUACACUGGCCUCUUCAUCACACUCCAGAGACACAGGAGCACAGAGCAGAACUAAGCCGUUUUAACAAAUUAAUUCAUGUACGCACCAUGUAGCCUAGAGCCCAGACAUCCCUAAUACAUUCAUUCAUGUACGCACCAUGUAGCCUAGAGCCCAGACAUCCCUUGUUUCCGUAAUUUAUUCUUAAUGGGUGAAAAUAUGCAUUGCAUAGUAAUAGAAGAGAAGUCUGAUAAUGACACUUUAUUAAUGAUGACAUAACACAUUAACAAACAAAAAAUGUCUUUACCUUAGGAUUUUGUGAUCUUGUUAGAAGAUUAUGAGACUGUAUAGCGACUGUUUUUCUGUUUUGUGGCUGUGUGGAUGAGAGAAAACGUAACCAACUGUAAAAAUACAUACAAAAUAAAAUGAACCUAAACACUA